UAAUACAGUUAUUAUAGAGGAAGUAUAUUGGUAUUAGUAAUUAAACGCUAAGGCUUGUUGAAAAGAGAGAAAGGCAGUACUCAGUGAUCAGUUGAACGUAAUUCUUGUUACAGUUCUUCGUCGGUUUUUACGAGAGUUUUAAGCGCAUUCGUCGUCGGACAGAAGUUACGGAGUAAACGUGUAAAAAAAGAAAAAGGAGGAAUUAAAUAAAUAAAUAAAAAUAAAACAAAAGAAAAGAAAAACGAGGAGCGUAAUAUAUACGGACGAAAAAGUCAAAAACAGUGAAAUAGUAAAAAUAUCUUUAUUUUUUUCUCUUUUUUCUUUUUUUUUUUUUCUUUCUUUCUUUCUUUCUUUCUUUAAGAAAAUUUUUCGUUCGUCAUUACUACGUUUAAGUAUUAAAACGAAUGAAUGCGAACGAUCUGAUUAUAAUUGAUUUUCACAUAGCAUUCAAUAACGUUAUACUUUGAAGAUAGUAACAAAGAGUGAACGACCUUGAAGCUUUAUCUCUUCGCUUUUAAUUUUCUUUUUAUUUUUCUUUCUCUUUUCUUUUCUUUUCUUUUUUUGAUAUUUUUUCGUUUCAUCACAUGUAAUAGAAACCCAAUAGUUGGCAAUCAUUAAAGUGUGAAAAAAAGAGAAGGAAAGAUAAAAAGAGCUAAAGCAUGAUGAAGGAGAAAUACGAUGUGCAAAACAAUUGCUAUGGAAAUGGAGUCGAUAGACGGUGAGAAGAAAGUCGACCAGUCGAAAGGUCAAGUGCAUAAAACGGAAAAGAAAGGGAGAAAGAAAUAUAUAAUUUUGCAAAAUAUCUCCUCCAUAUUGUAAUUCAAGGCUGGCUUCUUUCUCGUGAAGAAAAAAGAAAGAAGAAAAGCGUAUGUGUGCCUAUGUAUGCGUGUAUAUAUAAAAGGGUAAUAUAUAUAUAAAGUUAUAUAUAUAUAAAAAAGAGAAAACCAAAAAAAUAAAUCGCGAUGAAGCUCGAGGGAAACUGCUCGAAGGACGACGAUGCCAAUGGGAUAUUAUUACAAUCCAGGAAAAAUUCAGCUGUUCGGUUACAAGUUAUACCAGCGCCGCCAAAAACCAUCACUCAUUUACCAAAGAGGCCACCAGUAGAUUUGGCCUUCUCUGAUCUCGUUUAUAAAGUUCGAGAAGGACGCAAAAACAAUGUAAAAACAAUCUUAAAAUCUGUGAGCGGAAGACUCCGUUCUAGCGAGUUAACAGCCAUUAUGGGACCAUCAGGUGCUGGAAAGUCGACUCUUUUGAAUAUACUCACUGGAUAUAAAUCGGCAGGAGUAGAAGGAAGUAUAACGAUGAAUGAACAAGAAAGGAAUUUAAGUGUCUUUAGAAAACUCUCUUGCUACAUCAUGCAAGAUAAUCAGCUUCAUGGCAAUUUAACUGUCGUCGAAGCUAUGAAGGUCGCUGCAAGUCUUAAACUUGGUAAACACGUUCCGAAAAACGAGAAAGAAGAAGUGAUACAAGAAAUAUUGGAAACACUCGGUUUAUCCGAGCACAAACAUACUAUGACCUCGAACUUAAGCGGUGGUCAAAAAAAAAGACUUUCGAUCGCCCUUGAACUUGUCAAUAAUCCUCCUGUUAUGUUUUUCGAUGAACCCACGAGUGGAUUGGAUUCGUCAUCUUGUUUUCAAUGUAUAUCCCUCUUGAAGACACUAGCUCGUGGUGGGAGAACAAUCAUUUGUACGAUUCAUCAGCCAAGUGCAAGAUUAUUCGAAAUGUUCGAUGCUUUGUACACUCUAGCCGAAGGUCAAUGCGUUUAUCAGGGAUCUACAUCUCAGCUGGUACCAUUCUUAAAAACAAUUAAUCUCAAUUGUCCAAGUUAUCAUAACCCAGCAUCUUUCAUAAUCGAAGUCGCUUGUGGGGAAUACGGUGAUAAUUUGAAAAAUUUGGUGAACGCGAUAAAAAAUGGAAAAUAUGAUAUACGCGAGGGUCAUCCAUUUCCUGAUAUUAAAAAUGAUGGUUUGAAUAAUAGCGGAGCGAAUUCGAGUUUCGAGAAGGACAUAGAAAUAAUUGGCAAUGCACGAGAAGUGGUUAAAGAUAAAAAUGAUGUCAGUAAUAUCGAGGAAAAAUUUCCAGAGAAUGAACAAACAAAGGAAGUUAAUAACGGUGGAAUUAUUCCAAGUUAUGCCACGAAUGACAUUAUCAAGCAAGCUAACGAUGUAACGAUAUCUAUUUCUAAUGAAAAAGAUAAUGUCAAUGCAGCACUUCUCGAUAAUACGAUCAUCGUUACACCAGAAAGAUAUCCUACCUCAGAAUUCGUACAAUUCUGGAUCGUUUUAAAGAGAACGUUACUUUUCAGUCGAAGAGAUUGGACUCUGAUGUAUCUUCGUCUAUUUGCACAUAUUCUGGUAGGCUUUUUGAUAAGUGCCCUUUAUUAUGAUAUCGGUAAUGAUGGUGCUAAAGUACUAAGCAAUCUUGGAUUUUUAUUCUUCAACAUGUUAUUCCUUAUGUACACGUCCAUGACAAUUACAAUUUUAUCCUUCCCGUUAGAACUUCCAGUACUUCUCAAAGAAAAUUUUAACAGGUGGUACUCUCUGAAAGCGUAUUAUUUGGCCAUCACUUUGUCGGACAUACCUUUUCAAGCCAUCUUUUGUAUAAUCUACGUAACAAUCGUUUAUUUCUUAACGAGUCAACCAGCCGAAAUGAUGAGAUUUAGCAUGUUCCUAAGUGCCUGCCUGUUGAUAUCAUUCGUCGCACAAUCUGUAGGUCUUGUAGUUGGUGCUGCCAUGAAUGUACAAAAUGGCGUAUUUUUAGCGCCAGUAAUGUCAGUACCGUUUCUACUAUUUUCGGGUUUCUUCGUCAGUUUCGACGCUAUUCCUGUUUACCUUAGAUGGAUAACCUAUCUUAGUUAUAUCAGAUAUGGUUUUGAAGGAACAGCAUUAGCCACUUAUUCAUUUGCACGAGAAAAACUCAAAUGCUUCCAGGUAUACUGCCACUUUAAAAAUCCAGAAACGACGUUGGAGGAGCUCGACAUGCUUGAUGCUGAUUUUACUUUGGACAUUCUUGCACUUCUUUUGAUAUUCGUUAUUCUACGAAUCGCUGCGUAUCUAUUUCUCCGUUGGAAAUUAAAAUCAGCCCGAUAAUAAUUAUUAAAUUUAUCAAUUGUAUUUUCUUUCAAAUUCACGAUCUCGAUGAUAGUCUAAAGAUUAAGAAAGAAAUACAUUCCUCGUUCUAUGAUAAGAUCGGAAGAUCGAUCAAUAUGACUUUGCCAAUGGUGUCGAAUAUAUUUCGAAUUUGUGAACAAUUACAUUUUGACGGUCAUUUGAUUCGCUUGCCGAUACUUCACGCAGAAAUGUAAAAGAUAAUCUACUGUAUGUAAUGAACGAGAGAAAAUUGUGCCGAAAUGAAAUCGAGAAAAAUAUAACAACGAGAUCCAUAACCGUUUGAUUGCAAAUGCCGUAUCAUUGAGAGAUUUUUUAUACGAUACGUACAACAACCUGUGAUCUUUCUAUCUAGAUAAAUAUCAUAUUAACAAAA